GGAGAGGAGACGGCUGAGAGAGACCUCACCGGGACGGAGCAGGUAACGCAAAGCGGCACAGGUGUCCUCCCCAGGUGUUCAAGAGAGUGUAGAUAAUGCACAGACAUGGUGCCUUGUCAAACCCAUGUAUUGCUGAAGUGGCAGGAGCACUUCAACAGUUCCUGGGCUGCAGAAGACUGUGCUCAGACAGCCCGGAGACAUGGUUCUGCUGUGCUCUACGGUAAGCUGCUUUACAACAAGGAAGUGGUGACUCUGGCCCAGCCUGUUCAAGAACUUGUCGGCCCACGGCUACCAGACUUCGAAUGUGACUCCAGCGCAUCAGCGGAGAAGGAGGAGUACUUGUCAUCUUUGCUUCAUAGUCAACGAUGGCUGGCUCACCGCAUGCUGACACAAACAUCCUUCACCCUGAGCCUCCACCGUCGGCUGGUAGUUCUGCAGAGGAUCUACUAUGCACUUCACAGCAAAUACCACGACAAAUUCCGCGUGCAGCUGUCUUCCCAAUCCACAGACAGUGGUGCUGAAAGUGGACAGAUUGAGUUGGCCUCAGAACCUUGCCUGCCAGGAGGAGUGUCCAAAAUCAAGUCAGGUACAGAUGUUCUGAUAGAAAUGGGUGUGAGGACAGGUUUGAGUCUACUCUUUUCCUUGCUGCAACAGAACUGGAGAUACGCAGCCUCUGUACAUCAAGAAUCUGUGCUUUGCAAUGAUGUGCUCGCCACAGCAUCCUCUGUCCUGACGUCACUUCCUCCUCUCUCUCUUGCUAAUGAGAGCAAGAUCCCAUCAGUGGGUUUGGACUGCCUGGCACAGGUGGCUGACUUUCUGAAGAAGACAUCAGUUAGCAGUGGGCUUGGCGGGGCAGACCCAAUGGGACGGAGGCUAGCCUUGGAACUGCUGCUCGGCCUGGCCAUGCAAAGAGGCUCUCUGAAGUUUCUGUUGGAGUGGGUGGAAGUAGCCUUGGCUGCCUCCAUGCCAUCCUCCACAUCGGUGCUAUCUUCUUCCUCGCAGAGCUCCCAGCAGUCAGCUGGUGUUGGCUUUGAUGUGGUAAAACAAACUCUUCUUCAAAUGAGGCAAUAUUCGGGUUUUCGUGGGGAGGCUGUCAACACUCAGAUGCUUACAAAGGAUGCUGAUGGACUUUGUCAACUCUCCCAGGCAGCUCUGUUUUUGUUUGAUGAGAUAUGUAACUUGGCAUCCUAUUGCUUGUGCUCCUGCAGCAGCGAUGCGGCAGCUCCUGGAACAGAGAGUGAUGUAGUCAUGGUGUACGUGUGGGGCAGUAACAGUAGCCAUCAGCUGGCAGAAGGAACUCUGGAGAAAAUCUUGCUGCCAAAAGUAACGCAGGGCUUCAGUGAUGCCCAAAUGAUUGAGGCAGGCCAGUAUUGCACAUUCUCGGUAUCUGCAGAUGGUUCAGUGAAGGCGUGUGGAAAAGGCAGCUAUGGCCGCCUGGGACUGGGGGACUCCAACAACCAGUCCAUGCCUAAAAAACUUGUGCUGGAGCCACAUAGGAGCAUGAAGAAAGUGUCAUCUUCCAAGGGCUCUGAUGGACACACUUUGGCUAUCACUGUAGAGGGAGAGGUGUUCAGCUGGGGCGAUGGAGAAUACGGGAAACUGGGUCAUGGCAACAGUGCAACACAGAAAUACCCCAAAAUGAUACAAGGGCCACUGUCAGGCAAAGUUGUUGUUUGCGUGUCUGCCGGCUACAGACACAGUGCUGCCGUGACUAACGAUGGAGAGCUUUAUACCUGGGGAGAAGGGGACUUUGGCAGACUUGGUCACAGUGACAGCCAGAGUCGGAGCGUGCCUACACUGGUGAAGGAUAUCAGUGGUGUGGGGCAGGUGGCUUGUGGGAGUUCCCACACCAUAGUUGUGGCACAGGAUGGUCGCACAGUAUGGUCCUUUGGAGGAGGAGACAACGGUAAACUAGGUCAUGGAGACACCAAUCGUGUGUAUCGUCCCAAGGUCAUAGAGGCCCUGCAUGGAUUUAUCAUCAGGAAAAUCUGCGCAGGUAGCCAGUCAUCUCUGGCCCUUACCUCUGCAGGGCAGGUGUUUGCAUGGGGUUGUGGCUCAUGUUUAGGCUGUGGUUCCUCUGAAACGACGUCACUGAGGCCUCGGUUUGUAGAAGACCUGAGUAUCACUAAGAUCAUUGAUAUCUCAUGUGGGGACAGCCACUGUCUGGCUCUAACACACGAAAAUGAAGUCUAUGCAUGGGGUAACAACACGAUGGGGCAGUGUGGCCAAGGCCACACUUCAACGCCUAUUACCAAACCCAAGAAAGUGCUUGGCUUAGAGGGGGUCUCCAUUCAGCAAAUCACUGCUGGAACAUCUCAUAGUCUGGCAUGGACCGCAGUUCCAACUGAUAGACAACUCGUAGCGUGGCACAGGCCCUUUUGUGUUGACUUGGAGGAGAGCACAUUCGCCUACUUACGCAACUUUCUAGAAAGUUACUGUGAUGGCAUCAGUAACAACACCCCUCCAGCUCCAUUUUUAUCAAAAAGGGACCACCACCAUUUUCUUUUGCUGUGCAUGAAGCUUCUGUCCAUUCACCUGUCCCUGGCCCAUGCAGGGGGGACGGGUUCUAUGGUUCUGGGUGCUCAGGGCAGGCCCCUGAGAAACCUGCUCUUCAGGCUCAUAGACACCAACAUGCCAGACUCCAUACAGCAAGCAGUUUUGAAUACUCUGUCCAUUGGAGCAUCCCUGCUGCUUCCUCCACUCAGGGAAAGAACAGAACUUCUCCUCUCCCUCCUUCCUCAGGGUCCCCAGAGUUUAAAUGUUCUAUCCAAGGGGCAGCGUCUGCAGCUAGACAUGGUCCUCAGCAGCCUUCAGGAUCAGAGCCAUGUAGCUUCUCUACUAGGUUACAGCAAUUUUGGCGAGAUUACAGCCCUAGGACCUCCUCUGACACCUGCUGUAUCUGGACGACCACCCUCGUCAUCUAGCUCUCUCGAGGCCUAUGACCCUCUGCAUUUAGCAGAAGUGCUGCUGAAAACCCUGCUGCUUAGUGUAGACUUUCACACGGAGCAGCAGUUUGGUGAAAUGGAGAAGAACAGCGACAAACAGCUGUCUGUUGACAGUCCAGGACAAACAGAUUCUCCCUCUCACUUCCACCAGCUGCUGUCUGGACUUCACAAACACCUGCUUGCCCACUGCUAUAUUCAGUCCAACCUUGAGAGUGACAGUAGUGUUACGCUGCUUCGUGAACAUCUGCACCUACUUCUUCCCUGUGCUGCUGAGACACUCAGGAGAUCAACCAAUCUGCUGAAGGAGAGUUCCUCGGAUACACAGAUCAUUAAAAAGCUGCACAGGGUGCUGUACAAUUCUGUGGCUGGCAGCCUGCUGUGCCACAUAAUAUACUCUUUGCUGCUGCUGCCACUAGGGACAGUUCAAGCUCUCCUAAGCCAUUUACUGUCCUUGUUGGAGCACCUCAAUGAGUUUAACAGUUUGCUGCCAGAAACAGUCCUGCUAGAGCAACAAGAACUGGGAUUAGAGGCUCAGAAAACCAGCUCAGACAAAAGCGAAGGAAACGCGAGCCUCGGACAGCACCAGGAGGAGGAGCACAGAUGGGUCUGGCUGCUGGACCUGGAGCGGUCUGUUGCGUUGGCAGUUGGCCGCUGCCUUGGUGGUAUGCUGCAAGGCCCACCAUCUUCUCCCCAGGAGAAAACAUCAGAGAUCUGGUUAUCAAAUGUGCUCCUCAGGAAUGGCCUUGAGAUGGACUUCACAGAGCUGGACUCUUGUAUGACGUGGCUAACGGAGGUGGUGCUGGUGGGAGGCAGUGAUGCCAGAAUCUCAGAACUGAAUCUGACUCAGGACAGCAGGACUUUACUGGAGCUGGCUCUGGGAUCCACCAGAGGUCCUGCAGGUGGCCUUUGGAGGAAGAUGGAGGAGUACGCUAACAGCAAAGAAUGGGAGAGUGGAGGCACUUCAGGAGAUUAUCUGCUGGAGGUUGUCUGUCGCUGCAGUCUGGCUGCUCUGCUUAAACACACCGGACUGCAGAAAGAUGCCUGUUGGCAGGACAGAUAUGAGUCCUGUGAGGUGCUCUUUGAUGUCUAUGAAACAGUUUAUAAAAUCAGGAGCACUCUACUGACCCUUAUAAACUUUCCAAAAAUGUCACAAGUGCAAGCAGUUACCAAACAGAAUUCACAGUCUCUCCAAAGUCCUGAUGUAGAUGGGUUAGAGCCGUGCACAUCAGUGGACCAGGUGGGGAAACUUCCUGAGCAGCCAACAGGAAGUCAGUGUCAUCGGGAGGUGCAGAUGCCCCCAACCCCUACAGCAAAUCACAACCAGGAAGAAACUACUGGAGAGGACAGAUUUAGCAACAGUCGUAUGUACCUUUCAGAAGUUUUAGAAUCAUUCAUGGCCACGAGGGAAGCUAUGCAAAUACAGCAGGACGUGACCGUUUAUGAGUCGUUUGGCACUUCCACCCUCCCCAGCAGCAUGGAGAGCCCCGUCAGCCCAGAGAGGGAGGCAGAAACCAAACAGCAGUGGGACGCUCAUGGGGAAUCCGAUGAAAGGUUGUCUUUUCCCACUGCCUGCCAUCUGAUUGUAUCUCGUUGCCUCUUCCUUCUGCUGGGAGUCGGGCCUGCCUGGAAAGAGCCCAGCGCGAGGGAGAGUGCUCAGCCUCUGAACACUGUAGUAAGGAAACUAUCAACAGAGUCUUUAACAUUGUCUGUUAAUGGACGAAAACAGCUCGACCAAUUCAAAAACACUUGUGGAUCUUCAAAGAAUAAAAUGAGCUUACCUCUGUGCUCUUUGGGAAUAAUGAAAGAUGCCUGGGAUCGUUUGAGGCAGUGUAUCAGUCCAACUGCCUCCAUGUCCAACUGCAGCAGCAACACUGUGCCUAUUCUGAACCAGGUGUUUCACUUUGUCUGUGGAAGUCUGGUCCACCUUCUGUCCACCUCACCAUCAGUGGUGGGCGGAGAGACCUGUUGUCAGGCAGAUCCAAAGGCCAUCACUUUUGCCAUACUACAGCAGCAACAGCGGGCAGAGAUGCGUCUGGAGGCCUUGUGUCAGAUGUCGGCCUUCCUGUCUAAGAUGGAGGAGAAGAGCAGUAGAUCCUCUGUUUCCUCUCAGUUUCCUGCUUUGUUGCAAUCGGUCCAGCUCCAAUUCCUCUCUGGAUGCUUCUCCUUGGGAACACAGAUCAUUGAUUCUCACUCAGGAGCCAGUUAUGAGACUCAACAUUACAUGUGUGGAACUAGUGCAGCUUCAUUGGAGACACAAAGAGAGCUUCAAUCUGCAGCUCACACCUUCUACCAGCUCGUGGUGCGUGUCCUCAAACAUAGGGUCCAGUCGGAAAAGGAGCAUCCAGGAUCCUGCCAGCACCUUCUUCUAGCCACUAUGUUUGCCCUGAAUUUCUGUUACCAACCUGUGGAUCUGGUGCUGAUCAUCAAAUGUGGCAUCUUGGAAAUCCUUUCCAUCCUGACCAACAACAGCUGUGCACUGAUGAACCAGGGAUGGUUUGCAGUCUCAACACCUGGAUCGAUGCUUCCCAGUGGGGCCGUCAGACUGGCUUGUGCCCGUCUGCUUCAGAUAUUGACCGUUGCCGCUAGCUCCUGCGAGGAUUUGCUGCCUUUGGAUGUAUCGCAUGCUCUAAUGGAGGUCAUGUGUGAGCAGCUCCAAAACAUCCUCUACAAUUUUCACCACCAACAGGGAGCAGAAAAGGGAACAGCUGAGAGAGCAGAUGUGGAAGCAAACAACAGGAACACAAGUCUACAAGGAGUAGAAACCAGAAAAAUAGUUGAAUCUCAGCUGGCGGAUUUCUUGGUUUUUCUGAGGCGAGUGUUGUCAUUAAAAGUAAUGAGAAGACUUUCAACUUUUAUCAAAUGGAUCGAUCCACUCAUGGCCAUUAUUUUACGCGAAUCCUCAUCAGGAUCUCCUCGCUUCCAGAGUCUCCGCACUAAGCUUUUGGCCUUCCAUGUUUUAGAAAGACUAUUACCUGCUUGUUCUGAGCCUGUUCAGAUCCAACAGAUUGUUAAACAGCUCUUUCAGCUGUUGUCUGUGUAUAUGUGGGAUGAACCACUUGAUGAGAGAAACUAUGAAAAGACAACUGAAAAAGAAACUGUGAAUCCUGGCAGCUAUGAUGAAUGCAUCCCCAUUGGAGAUUUUUCCUUUGAUCCACACAAACUCAUCUGCUGUUCUCUGGAGAGUGGGAACAUCCUCUCCCAUGGCUCAGGAGGGAAAGGUUACGGCCUGGCCACCACGGCCAUUACGUCUGGCUGUUUCAUAUGGAAGUUCCACAUUACCAAAGAGAACAGAGGUAAUGAGGGCACCUGCAUCGGCGUUUCUCGCUGGCCAAUCAGAGAUCACAACCACCAUACCACCACGGACAUGUGGCUGUAUCGAGCUUACAGUGGGAACCUGUACCAUGGAGGGGAACUGAUCCGCACACUGCCUUCCUUUACUCAGGGUGACACUAUCACCUGCAUCCUGGACAUGGAGGCUCAUACCAUAUCGUUUGCUAAGAACCACAAGGAGCCGAAAUUGGCAUUUGAAGGUGUGGUGGCCUCUGAAUUGUACCCCUGCGUGUUGUUCUACAGCAGUAAUCCUGGAGAAAAGGUGGCACUGCGUGACCUGCAGAUAAGAGGCAUGCCCAGUAACCUCCUUCCCGGCGAGCCUUUCUGCAGUCCUCGGACCACCGUAUUGCUGGAGGCAACAGUGCAGCUCCUGCGGAGUCUUCAUCAGUGCGACCAGUGGUUGCCGCACAUCAACCAGCACAUUCACACUCACCUGGAGCUCAUCGGCCCCCUGCUGAGAGAUGAGGACUCAGGAAACUCUGGCCUCGGUCCCAUGCCCUCUGAGAGGGAGGACAGCGGGAGAGACAAAGAUCUUGCUGGUGAAGACGCCAGAGAGUUUCAGGGUUAUCGUACAUCGCUGUCGGAUGCCAAGCUCGCUGCUCUUUGCACCAAUGUGUGGCCAGUACUGGCUGUUAUCGGAGGAGUGGACAGCGGCCUCCGUGCUGGAGGUCUUUGCCUGCACAAGCCCAGUGGGCGCAGGGCCAUUCUGCUGGGGGUCCUGAAGGAAGGAAGCUCUUUGGUUAAGCUUCAGUGGGAGGAGGCGGAGCUCUCUGUCAGCUCCAUGAAUUCUUGGUCACCCAGCGACACGCCGAUCAUCUCACUGGAACCGUGCGGCAUAUCCUCCUGUGACGUUUCUCGCCUCGGAGGCCUCAAGUCAACCGUGCUGUUAGAUCUCAUAUAUCUGAUGGGGCUGCUCGAGGAACACGGGUGGCCGGGAGCUCAUCCACCCCGCAGGAAGAGAUACCCCGAGGAGGCUCCAAAAGGGGGCGAGACACAGGGCUGCCAGCAUGAGGAUAUCUCAGAGGAUGGAGGAAAGCCCUCAGACAACGAGGUGAAGAAGCUAAAGGAGCAGAAGAUCGAGACGGAGCCAUUCCCAUCUCCGUCAUCAACCAACGAUGUCAACAAGAUUACUGACCCUCCGGAGUUGACCGGUUUACCCCAGCCUCCCCAAACAUCCCCAACCUCCAAAGGGGAUGCUUUUGCACUGGAACUAAGAGCAGUAAAAGCCUCAUAUCUUCUUAUUGGAGGUUUAAAGUCACUGACUGUCAUUUUUAGCUGUGAGAACCUAUCAGAUUUGUUCCUGGUACCUAAACAUGACCUCCCAAACCCUUCAGUGGGACUUCUCUCCAGCCCUGCCUCUGAUCAGGCUAAGUGCAGUAGUAGAGAGUGGGAUGAAAGGGCCGAGCUGAGGUCAGUGCUGCAGUUUGUGGUGCAGAGUAUGGUGAAGUGGGCAGUCAGGCCUUGCCCCAUCAAACAGACUGUAUCUCUUGCUGAUUUGGAGAGAGCUCAGAUCAUGAUAUACAAAGGAGCCCUAAGCAGACGGCAGGAGGACAAAGAAUGCAAAGAAUCAGGCCACCGUUUGUCCUCUCAGCCCAUUUCCAAGUCUUCCAGCUCCGUGUCCUUGUACAGUGCAGGCUCAGAAGGCACUGCCGUCUUUGGCCAAUCAAACAGGGCGUCUGCAUCAUCCUCUAAUACAGACUUGGAUUCCUCUCUACCAACAAACCUGCAGGCAGAUGGUCUUGAUAAUUUCAACCCUUUUCUUCCCAUCAGCCUCCUCCAGCACAUGGUGCUAACUCGGUUCCCUACGCUUACGGGCCUGGUUAGUGCGCCCCCCGUGCUGCACCCUUGCUUCAGCCUGGCCAGCUCUGCUUCUUGUGAUGCCUUCACAGAGCAGCAGACCAGCUUCAUGGAACCUGGUCCCUGCACACAGGCCAGAAGCAGCCUGGAACGGACACAAAUGUUUGUCACCAGUCGCUUGCUAGAAAUGGGAUUCUCUAUAAGACAUAUCUACUGGGCCAUGGAGGCGGCAGAUGUAGCAGGGGACUUGGAUUCUCAAGCCAUUGAAGUGUUAGCCAGUUGGAUGCUAGAACAUCCCCUAACUGAAGACCAGCAGGCACUGGAGUCACAAAGACCAGACGCCGCCCCGGACACGCCAUCCCCAGACGGGCCGGAAACAGUGCAAUGUCCUGAACGCCCCACCACCCAAAUCAAUGAAAGCCUAUUGCUGGGACUUGACUGGAUAGAGAGGGAGAACUUCCUGGAUGUCCACCUGACGAGGAACAGACCUCCUCCAGCGCGGCGCCGACGCUCAGGGCCCACGCAAAGGACUUCCUUCCGGAGACCAGACCUGCCAUCACCCAACCCCAUCCCACAGCUGUACCAGCAGCACACAACAGUUGGUGACUGGCCAGAGCAGAUGGAGUUCCAUCCCUUCUCUGCAGAGGAGGAGUCAGAGUUGGGCUACAUGGACGACCCAUACCACGAAGAAACCUAUGAAGACCUACUCACCCCAUCAUUCUUUAGUUUGGAGACAGACACACUUCAGAUAGUGGAGGCUGCAGAAGAACACAGCCAGAUGGUGAAAUGUGAACUCUGCAACACCUUCACUCUGCAAUUUAACAAUCACAUAAAGCGGCGACACCCAGGUUGUGGGCAAAGUGCUGCCCGCAAGGGUUAUGACAGUACCGGUGCGUAUGUGGAUGUCUGGUUCAAAGGGGAGUGCGGCUCCAACUUCCCCUUCUACCUUCUGUGCAGCUCAUGCAGAGAAAAGUAUCUGGCUGCUAACACGACUGAUUCAAAUUCCAAGUGUGAAAGGAUUAAAGGUCUAACAUCUGACUUGAUUGGCCACGUGGACAGCACUUCAGAUGAUGACUGGGAAAUGGGUCCUCAAGACGAGUAUGACACAGACAAAUUAACAGGACUAGAGGACUUUGGUCUCCUGCUGAGACCGUUGGGGCUGACUGAAAAUAAGCUGGUACCAGAUCCCAUCGUCUUCACUGAACCAGAUCCACUUGGAGCACUGGCUUACAGCUCAGCCUGUUCCACACGGGCAGCUGUUAAAGGAAAUACUCUCGUUGAGCCCAAGACAUCUGUGAGCCUCGGGCAGCAGGCAGUAUCUCUCAGGGACUCACACGAUAGACUAAAAGCUUUACGAAGGGUCACGUCCACUGCACAGAUUCUGCUGGCUUACAGCAUGGUGAUGAGAGCACUAUCUCAGGCUGCUUCAAGUGCAUCAGUGUGCAGCGGGUCUAACGGACUAGAGUCCUUGGGUCUGGCAGAUAUCCGUGUCCUGGUGCGUCUGAUGACCUUAGCGGUGGGAGGCCGGGCUCACAACUCUGUGGACACUCAGUCAGGUGUGAAGGGAUUCCCAUCGGAACGUAAUAACGCCACCUGCCUCAGCUUCCUCACCUCGGCCAUAGGCAGUGUGGUGUCCCACAGCCCUGCUGCUUACAAACAGCUGGUGGAGAUAUGCACUCAAGACUUAAUGGCAGCGGCUACUGGGGUGAACAUUGCAGCCAUCAUCGAGCCACAGCAGAGACCUCCUCUCACAGUUGCAACCCAGGGAGUGCAGCAGCUGAGAGACCACAAUGACCUGACACCUCCAACCUUUCUGGUCACGCAAAGUCUGGUGUCCCUGCUCACUGAAAAGAGCAUUCACUGUUACGGUCAAGAUAAAGCUGAACAUGAAGCCAAUGAUGUUGGGAACCAGAGGGGUUCUUCUACUUUGCCUCCUUCGCCUUUACCACAUCUCAGUACCAGAGUGGGUCCUCUGGAGCUGGCGAAUGCAUUGGCAGCAUGUGUUCUGUCUGCGAGGCUGAACAGCAAACACCGGCAAUGGGCAGCACAACAGUUGGUGCAGGCCUUGGCAGCUGCGGGGAGGACCAGUCCUAAUCGGUCCCUAACCUACAACGAUCUGGCUGGUGACUUGCGCAAAUGUCCUCUCAAGAGACUGGAAGGACAUUACAACAAGGUGGCCAGCUGCUUCUGGAGCUGUGAGCUGAGUUUGCUAGCGACAUGUUCUCAGGACAAGGUGGUGCAACUGUGGAGCAUCAGCCAGAGCAUUGUGGAGUUACAGACCACGUUCUCUUGCAUUGUCAGAUCAGGCAGCGAGAAAGCUGGCAGAUGUCAACAUAUGUCUCCAGUUUACUGGAGUACUGGAGGAAACUUUUUGGCUGCCCCUGGGAACAAACACGUGAACAUAAUGAACAUUAGAGGGUCUCUCUGUCACGUGGAGGCGCAGACUUCCCGGGUCACGGCCAUUUGCUGGGCGCAGAGCUUCAGCUUGUGGGUGUUGGACCACUCAGCAGCCUCCAAGAGCAGACCCACUGAGAACUUGUUGGUGGGACGGCUAGAUGGCUCUCUCUGCUGGCUGCAGGUCACAAUGCAGGAAUUAUACCUGCAUGUGAAGAGCACUGAACUAACCCACUGCUACAGGGAAGAAGCCCCCCAGUGUGUAGCCUGGCACACAGAGGACAAGCCUUUUGCAGUCGGCUAUCACAGUGGGAAGAUCCUUUUGGCUACGACUGAGACCUACGAAAACACGCCACCCGUGGUGUUGCCUCUCUUCCAGGACGGUGUGAGUUCCCUGAAAUGGGACCCGACCGGACACUUGCUGCUGUGUUUGGGGAGGUCAGAGGUGGUGAAGAUCUUGGGACGCUCUAGAGGCAUCUGGGUGACUCUGCACUCUCUCUUCCACACCAGCACUGUAAAUGUGGCAGAAUGGUGCCCACUCGCUGGAAGAGCACCUGAUCCCAGGCUCAUGAUGGCUGCAGGUUGUCAGAACGGCUCAGUGCAUGUCUGGACUCUGCCACAGGGGGGCACUAUUGUAUCUUUGCCAAACAUACUCAACAGCUCCCAAAGACAGGGAGAAUACACUCAGUUUGAGGAUGGUGCAAAGUGUGUGUUUGUGCUUCAUGGCCACAUUACAGCAGUGAGGUCCCUUUCGUUUUGCCCCAGUGGCCUGGCACUGGUUUCUGGAGGGAUAGGUGGACUGCUCAACAUCUGGUCCCUACAGGAUGGUUCAUUGCUGCAGACUGUUACAGGAGUGGGUUCAGUUGUCAGCACUACCUGGAUACCAAACUUAGGUGUAGCUGCCUGUUUUGGGAGGUCAAAGGAUGUUUUGAUGAUUUGCUGCACUGCUGACUGGAUCAGUCAAAACCACGUGUUGGCUUCCUGUCGUAUGGUGCUUAGAAGCCAAAACAUCUUGGGACUGAAUCGGGCCCCUUGUCUGGCUGUCUUACUGGAAAGGCUGCCCUUGUUGUUGCAGGAGCAGUACAGCUAUGAGCGGAGCCAUGUUGCAGCCGGCGACCAGCUUGUUCACAGUACCUUCCUGCAGAGUCUGGCCUCUUUAGCAGUUGGUUUGUCCUUAGAAAGACAUCUGUGCUCCUACCCAAGGCCACCACACCACACUUGUCCCAAAGCUCAUUCCUGCCUGUCAGAGUGGAGUUGGCUGCUCACCUACGCCACCACUGUCCGCAGUGCUGAGGCUAUUGCCAGCGGUACUGCUUUCCCUGAAUCCUUCGUAGAUUCUGAGUUUCAGGAGAUGCACGAUUCUAACGUUGUCAAGGCACUGGACAACAUUAAAUGGAGUUUCAGGAUGGAUGAACAGCUGAUGUCAUGGGCCACCAGCAGACCUGAGGACUGGCAACAAGGAGGCAAGAGCGAGGUCUAUCUGUGGGGGAAUGGACGUUACGGACAGUUGGCAGGGAUGGACACAAACCUCAUGAUGCCAACACUGGCAGCUUCUCUGUCACAGACACAACAGGUUGUAUGUGGUCAGAAUUGUACAUUUCUGCUCCAGUCUAAUGGGACUGUUCUGGCUAUUGGGGAAGGACAGUAUGGAAGACUGGGUCAAGGAAAUUCUGAUGAUCUCUAUGUCCCAACUAUUAUCUCUGCAUUUCAAGGGUAUGUAGUGACACAGCUGGCGACAUCCUGCGGUUCAGAUGGACAUUCAAUGGCCCUGACUGAAACUGGAGAGGUAUUCAGUUGGGGAGAUGGAGAUUUUGGAAAACUUGGCCAUGGCAACAGUGAAAGACAAAGGAGACCCAAGCAGGUCGAGGCCUUACAAGGGGAAGAAGUUGUUCAGCUCUCUUGUGGCUUCCGGCACUCCGCUGUGGUUACAGCAGAUGGGAAGCUUUUCACCUUUGGCAGUGGUGAAUCUGGGCGUCUGGGUCUGAGGUCAACAUCCAACAAGAUGCUACCUGAAAGGGUGGCUGCACUGGAGGGAUAUCAUGUCGGUCAAGUGUCAUGUGGCCUCAACCAUACCCUGGUGGUUUCUCUGGAUGGUAUGGUUGUCUGGGCAUUUGGAGAUGGGGAUUAUGGCAAAUUGGGAACAGGCUCCUCCAUGGCAAAAUACUACCCUCAGAAAGUGGAGCAGCUUUGCAACAGGGGAGUUAAGAAAGUCUGCUGUGGCACUCAGUUCUCAGUGGCGCUGACCUGUGAUGGACAUGUUUACACGUUUGGUCAAGAGCGCCUGAUCGGCCUGCCGGACAACAUGCUGAAGAAUAAGUCCUGUCCCCAGGUGGUGCCAUCGUUGGAAGGGUUAUUCAUCGAGGACAUAGCUGUGGGUUGUGAGCAUGUUCUCGCUCUGUCCUCUACUGCAGAUGUUUACGCCUGGGGCUGCAACAGUGAGGGACAGCUUGGCCUUGGGCACUCUAAUCUAGUGAAGGAGCCAGCGCUCAUAACAGCCCUCCAGGUUAAAAAUGUUAAACAGAUCUCUGCUGGCCGCUGCCACAGUUCAGCCUGGACAACCCCCUGCACCUUGAGGAAAAACGCAGGUGGAUCCGGACCUUUCCAGCUAGGCAUUCCCCAGUCAGUUCCUCCCCAGUACAACACUCUGAAAGACUUCAGUCCCGAUGUCCUCAGCAUGCGCCUCAGGGUGCUCUAUCACUUCUCUGAUCUCAUGUACAAAUCCUGGAGGCUUCUCAAUCUGGACACAAAAAAUCCGACGUCCACUUCACGCUACAGUUUAGGGACAACAGCCAUCAUCCGGGGUGAACUGAGAGGUCUUCUAUCCCCCAAAGUCAACACACUGCCUCUUGUGCGCUCAAUUGGCAGGACAAUGACCCAGGGGAAAACAUAUGGGCCACAGAUCACCGUAAAACGGAUAUCCACUCGAGGGCGUUCGAGCAAGCCCAUCUUUGUGCAGAUCGCAAAGCAAGUGGUGAGCCUGAAUCCUCUGGAGCUGCGGCUGCCAUCGCGAGCCUGGAAGGUCAAGUUGGUGGGGGAGGGAGCAGAUGAUGCUGGCGGGGUAUUUGAUGAUACCAUCACUGAGAUGUGCCAGGAGCUGCAGUCUGGUGUGGUAGAACUUCUGAUUCAUACCCCCAACAGCUUUGCAGAUGUGGGCAGCAACACAGACAGGUACUUGCUCAACCCAGCGGCACACUCAGAGGAUCACAUGGUCCAGUUUCGCUUCUUGGGUAUCCUCAUGGCAGUUGCCAUCCGCACCAAAAAGCCUCUGGACUUACAUCUGGCUCCUUGGGUCUGGAAACAGCUUUGUUCAAUGCCUUUGGGAGGGAUUGACCUGGAGGAGGUGGACCUGCUUACCUACCGAACCCUUCAAGGGAUCCUUCACUUAGAAAACAGUGAAAUCACAGAAGAUAAUUUCCAUGUGAUGAUCCCACUGGAUUCAUUCUUGGCCCACAGUGCAGAUGGAAGUCUGGUACCUGUGAUUCCUGGGGGUAAAAACAUCUCCUUAACAUUUGCCAACCGGACUGAAUACGUGGAGAGAGCUCUGGACUACAGACUGCAUGAGAUGGAUUCACAGGUGGCAGCAGUCAGAGAGGGCAUGUCCACCAUCAUCCCUGUGCCCCUCCUGUCCCUGCUGACAGCACAGCAGCUGGAACAGCUGGUCUGUGGCCUGCCAGAGGUCUCUGUAGAGAUGCUGAAGAGGCUGGUGCGCUACCGUGACAUCACCGAGAGCCACCAGCUGAUUAGCUGGUUCUGGCAGAGCUUGGAGGAGUUCACCAAUGAAGAGCGAGUACUCUUCCUACGUUUUGUUUGUGGCAGGUCCAGGCUGCCUUCCAACCCAGCUGAUAUUACACAGAAGUUCCAAAUCAUUAAGGUGGACAGGCCCAUCAACGGUCUCCCUACUGCUCAGACCUGCUUCUUCUUGCUUCGCCUGCCUCCCUACACCACUCAGGCCGUCCUUGCAGAGCGUCUGCGGUAUUCAAUCCACAACUGCCCCUCCAUCGACAUGGACAACUACAUGUUGACCCACAACACGGACCCAGCAGACAGCUCAGACAACGAAGACUGAUUCUGAAGACAGCAGGGUGAUGAUGAAUGUAUCUUCUCUGAGGCCAUACACAAUAUGCACUGAACACAGAUUUUGAUUCGCCAAACUUGUAUGGUAGCAAACUGUUUAUAGGCAGAUUAAUUUUAAAGAUGCGUGUAGUUGCGUUUCUCCAGCUGUGCACAGUGUUGUAUUCAUUGCAGUGCUACUAUGUAAUAAUUUAAUGAACUAUCUCACAUGCUCUAGUGGUAUUUAUUGUUAAAUAAAGGGUGUUA